GCCGCUGGGAGACUGCGCGCAAUUUUUUGAAGUCAGUCGAACCUGAGUGGCUCCGAGCUUAUAGCUGCCUUUUUUACAUCUACGGGACUGUCCUGGUCUCAAUUAUCUAAGCAAUUUUGGGCUCUAAUACCUGAGCUUUUUUUUUUACAUUUUUAUCACCAACAAACGAAAUGGCAGAUUGGAAGACGCAGAUCAAUUACAACUACAACCCGUCCUACCACGCCUACGCAUACGGCCUGGUGUACCAACCCGGGCCGGAGCAGAACCACGGGAACAUGACCACCUGGGGAGACACCGAAGUCACGGAUUUGAGCAACUACAACGCCGCCGGGGUCACACAGGCCUACUACGCCACCGCGCCGAGGACCCGGGAGGACUCUCCUCCUCGGAGUCCGGAGCAGCACGCCGUGAGCGGCCACGGUCACUACCAGGGCCCCGGGGUCGUCUACCUCGGUGACACCCAGGCGGGCCGUCUGCUCCUGUCCGGACCCCAGCGGGCUGCGUACGAUGCACGGACACAUGAGGCCAGGCGGGCCGGGAGCGAUUCAACCAGCGACUCGGAGGCGCACACCUCACCAAAUUCAUGGAGUUCUGGCAGCAGUAGAGAAGGAAGUCUACCACAGACAGACCCUGCCUCCUGGGCAAAGAAAGAGCUUGACGAUGAGGCAAGUGGCAGGGGCCCUGAUGCCUGCGAGCAGGUCUCCGGAUCUCUCAUGGAGGAGCCAAGGACCUUUGCGGUCACUGGAAAUGAGGGCACCAACAACACUUCCCCCCUACAUGUACCCUCAACUGCCCCAAAGAAGCCAUGCACUGCUGCUGUAAAUACCCCUAAGGGAAAGGUCCGUGCAGCCUUCUCAGAGGGUCAGAUGAAUGCUCUUGUCCAGCGCUUCAGUGCUCAGAGGUACCUCACCCCGGCUGAAAUGAAGAACCUGGCAGAACUGACGGGGCUGACCUACAAACAGGUUAAGACCUGGUUUCAGAACAGAAGGAUGAAGCUAAGGAGGCACCAGAAAGACACCAGCUGGGUGUCUGAGCGAUACAACAAAGGCAGCCCCAUACGUGGAACCAUGUACACAAACGUCCCCUCACACGCGCCACCUUAUCAGGGAGAAGUCCGACCUCAGCUCAAGGAGCAUUACAAUCCGCACAUGAUGGAGACGGCAUUCAAGAGGACGACUCCCCAAAACAUGGCCUUCUAUCUGGCGGCUAUGGGUUCUGCUGCCGGAUCUGCUGGCUACCCCUCCUGGUCCCCCAGCUCAUCACAGACUGCAAUGCCCUCCAGGCCCCAGGUGGCUGGCUGGUCCAUGCCCCCUGGCGUCAGCCACUACGAAUACAACCCGAAUGUAUUCCACACCGCCAGCGCCGCGUCAGCAAAUAACACUGGGCAGGACACGAGCUUCGACAGCAAAGAUGGGGAGCCUGUCAACAGCCACGGGUCCUUGAACACGCCCAUUGUACACAACGGCAGCCAGUAGUCAAAGUGGAGCUGCUAAGAUUAUUAGCGUUUCUGUAAAGUUACCCAGCAGUCAUGUUUGUUAAUCAAGUUUCCUGACUGUAGAUUGUAAUUAAUCGAGGUAAUCUUUGCACGGCUGGGUGUACAUAAGCCUUGUUCAUACUCCCGUUCAAAACUAGUUUUCCCUUUUUUUACUUUGAAGCUUUAUUUUUAUAUGCAACUAUUUAAUGUAUGUUCGUGUGUGUUCUUUGCGCUUGGUGAUACAAGAUGGAUCCAAGUUGGAUGAAUUCAUUGUAUUACGUUGUUUUUGGAACCUUUUUAAGGCAAAGUACUGACAGAUCUGAUGUGCACACAUUUCAUUUUUCUAUAAAUACAGGUUCGCCUGGCAAAUUUGUUCUAAGUGUUUUAUUAUAAUGGCA